AUGAGAAACGAUUUUAAGAAAAUUGAGGCUAAAUAUUUUCUUCCGCUGAAUCUUCAUACCUCUGCUUCUACUGAUAGUAUUUCAAAUACUGUAUCUUCAUCUUUUAUAUCAAUUAUAACAUCAAAUACUACUCUUCCUAGUCCAGAACCUAUACCAACACCAGAACCUACUUUAUCGGAGAAUAUGUUCACCCUUAUUUCUCAAACCGUUGAUAAAGCUAUAUUCCUUCACGUUAACGACGAAGCACUGCGCUAUGAUACUGCUUACGUAGAACUAGCUAAGGCUGUUGAAGAAGCUAUGGAAAUUCCAGUGAUUGAGGUCCGUCAAGACAUUGCAGAACUCUUUUACGAAGCCUAUAAAGAUUUUGAGAAUGAUAUUAUGGAAAAAGAAAGAAUAGGUUACGAGACUCCACCAACAUUAAAGAGCGAGCCUUCAUCACAUGAGAGCUACAAAGUUCCUCCGCCUCGGCCUUGCAUCUGUCAUCCGCAAUAUAUGUACAAUCGGUAUCCCAAGGAUCGAUUUGGGAUAUAUCUUCCACGCAAGUCGUUAUUUAGCGACUUUAAUGUCACCAUCUCUCCCGCUAUAUCCACGGAAAAUCUUGAUGAUGAAGGACCUAACGAUAAAGUAACUGAAGAUAAAUAUGAUAAGAAAUCAAUAAUAAGCAAAUGGUCUGCCAAGAGAGCAUCUACCAAAAAGUGUAUCUUCAACGAUCAAGAAGAU